GUGUCGAUGUAACCUGUGACCUUAAAAAUUACUGUGAUGGUGAAAGAGAAUGUAAUAUAACUGUUGAUGAUAAUCAUUUUCCUUCGAAUAUUUGUCCUGGUUUGGAGAAAUAUGUUUACUUUGAAUAUCAAUGUAACUACACAAGUAUGCCAUACAGAAAAAUUUGCAAUCGCUCAGUAACAUGUGAUGGAAAAAAUAUAUCGGACGUUAGUUGUUCUAAUAAUCAAUAUAUGGUGAUAAAAGUUGCAGAAUAUCGUGGAUUGCGAAAAGGAAGCAUUUGUGGCUACAGUUAUCACUACAGUUGUAGUGUCGAUGUAACCUGUGACCUUAAAAAUUACUGUGAUGGUGAAAGAGAAUGUAAUAUAACUGUUGAUGAUAAUCAUUUUCCUUCGAAUAUUUGUCCUGGUUUGGAGAAAUAUGUUUACUUUGAAUAUCAAUGUAACUACACAAGUAUGCCAUACAGAAAAAUUUGCAAUCUUAUGGAUGUACGCCUGUCUAAGUCAAAUGUUCCGAACGAAAGUGUCGUGAAUGUUAUUACCAAGUAUAGAAACUUCACCAUUUGCAACAAAGGUCUUUUGCACAAAAUAAUGACGAUUAUCUGUAAACAACUUGGUUAUCCUACCGCAGCAUCUGGGGGAGGCUCAAUGUCACUAUCAUCUUUGAUGCAUCAAUCGUUUAUACCUGGAAUUGUCAAAUGUGGUGCGCAAGUGAACGAUUUAUCUCAAUGUGCCAUCACUCAAAAUAAGGAUGGCUCUCAAUACUCGUACGUUACAUGUCAUGUUUGUGAUAAUCCUCUAUUAAAAAACGCAGAAAAAUUCCCAGAUUCUUGGUUUACUGCCUUCCCAAAGAGUCGUAGUGCUGCUAAAGCAAGAAUAUCCAGUGGUAGUUCAUGGUGUGCUCCUGCUGCUAAUGGCAAACAUUACCUUCAACUGAAUUUUCCGAGUCUUUAUACAAUUUAUCUAGGAAACAAAAAUGGUUACAAUGAUGCGGCUAUAGAAAAGUUUUCUGGUGACCUUAAAUCCAAAGCUUUGCGAAUCUUUCCAUUGAAAUUUGUUGGUAUAAAUUAA